UAAGAAGAAGCAGCUGGCGGAGGAGGAGCAGCAACAGCACCAACGUUGUAGGCUAACGGAACUAGCUCGGUAAAAAUUCCAGUUGCCACCAUACGGUUUCUUAUAUUUUAUCUACAAUAGAAUAUUUUUUAAAUCGUGGUGUGACUAAACUUUUGUUGCUUUAAGGCGAAAAAUUCAGGACGUGAAAUUGGGUAAGCUGCAAGUUUUGACCGGAGUAUCCGUUAUUUAGAUUGAGCUAUUAUAGCAUCUGCAAGUUUACGAACGUAAGCUAGGCAAACGAGCUAAUGCUAUCAUUACCCGCCAAACAAAAGACACUAUUAUAAAAAAAAACCCCCAAAAACAAACUUAAACAAAUAAACUAAAGUUUAAUCCAAGAAACCGAAGAACGUGUGUGCGUACGUCUCCAAAGAGUUUACACCUAAUAGUCUUUGGUUAUGGAAGUGGACGUAUUGGAUGACUUGGAUCCAAGGACACUAGCGCUUAAGAACUACAUGGGGAUAGUAGAAAAUCAUAAUGAAAACCUUACUAAAUCCACACACAAGUCCAUUCACUCUUUGAAUGAAACCUCCAGAAAGACAAGACGAUGUCAAAGCGAUCCAUACUUUAUCAAUGUGAAGAAAAAAGCAGUGGUAGUUCUGAACAGGCUACCUGAAUGCACAAUCAAUGCUCUGCAACACCCAACACCUCAGCAGUUCCACAGUGAAGCCGAGUCCCCAGGCAGUCCGGGUUCUGAUAUGUCAUGGCAACCAGAAGAUGACUCUGAUGAUUCAGAUUUUUCAGUCUCAAACAAUAAACCGAAACCUUCAAAAUCCCCAAAGUGUGACAGAACAAGUAAAUCUGCACCAGGAACAAGCAGUAAUGAUGAAAGUGUUGCAGAAGGAGGCCCCGUUGUUGAAUCAUCUGCUUUUGCCCAUAGCUCCAGUGAAACCACAAAGGUCCGCCCAGAUUUGCCAGAGGUAGAGCUCAAACUGGACAUGGUAGUCCUGGCCAGGAAGAGAGCCAUGAGGUGGCAACGAGGAAAAAUAGUGGAGGUAGUAACAAAAGAAGAUGGACGGUUAAAGUUCAAAGUUGGUUUUGAAGAGAAAGGAAAGAGCCUUGUAUCAGGGCACCAUAUCGCCUUUGAGAACACACCCAAGCUGGAUCAGCUUUAUGUUGGUGCCCGUGUAGUGAUCCAAUCUCCAGAUGACAAGCUUUGCUUCAUGCCUGGUAUUUUGUCUGAGCUUCCCAGCAGAAAGAACCGAUUAAGGUUCUUGGUCUUUCUAGAUGAUCACACUCCGCUUUAUGUUGGUUUACCUUCACUUCACCUUGUGUGCAAACCAUUGGAAGAUGCUCUAGAAGACAUCCCAGACAACCCUCAUAAGGGUUUCAUGAAACAGUAUCUGAAGAACUGGCCUUACCCACAUCUAACCCAUUACAAGGCUGAUCAGAGCAUCAAUGUUGAAGUAAAUGGAGUCCAGCAGAAAUGUAAGGUGGAAAUGGUUGACUGCAGUUUGAUAAAAGUUGUGUUUGAGAGCACUCAAAGCAAGGAAUGGAUCCACCGCGGCUCUGUACGACUGGAACACAUGGCCAAGUUCUUAAAGUUUAAAGAAACAAGAAAAGCCCAGAAUAACUCAGACCCCCAAUAGCCUACAAAGACAUGUACACAGGCAAUUCAUUGUAAAGUUUUUUUUUUUUUUUUUUUUCUAGAUAAAAUUGAUCUGCAUUUUAUUCAUCCCCCUAUAAGGACUAAUGGAACUGUCUCAGCCCUUUUAUCAAUUUGGCUAUUGGAUAAUUCAAGCAUGUCUUCUUCUUUUUUUUCCUCUCUUCACUGUAAUUAACCGUAGCAAUGUUAAGUUAUAGUUACCUGGUGCAUUUUUUCAUCACAAACAGAUUUGUAAAUCACAUACAAAUCUAUGAUUAGAUUUUUUUCUUCCAAAAUACAUCAUGUCCAUAUGAUAAGAGUUCGUGUCACCAUAUACAGGUCGCAGUUUAAAGAAGCAAAUGUUGAAGAAAGUCAGCAUCUUUUAUAUUAUUUUUCAUUAUUACAGUUCAAGUUGUACAGAUUUAAAUGGUGACUUUUACUCACCAUGGUUGACAACUUUAUUGUGCUGUCUACCUGUAUUGCUACAUUGUUCAUUGCUGUUUUAAGUAAAAUAUUUAAGGUGUAAGGACGUUUUGAGGGAAUGGGAGAAGGUGUUUAGCGGUAUCAGCAAAAUACUGUCAUGCUGUUUGAAUAUUUGUGAAUUAUUUCAGAUUUGGUAGUACUGGAAUAUUUUCAAAUUACAUGAACGGAAAAUUUUAGCAUCUUAGUCAAAUUUUUUUUAUUCUUGCAAAUAUCUUUUUAGUGUGACGGCCAAUAUGUUUGUGUAAAUUAACUCCCAUGUUGAUCAUUUUUUUCUCAUGAAAAACAAUAAAAAUUUCCUCAUU